AUGGCAACGAUUAUGAGACCUUAUUGGGCAUUGGGAGGUGGAAUUGCGCGUAAUUUCGUGGUAGUAUCAUCAAGGACUUUCCAUGUUGGGAGUCGUUCAGCGAUGCUAAGCGAGGGAGUUGCGCGCCCAUUUUGCUUUCCUAAUAGUCAAAUGAAACAUUUGAGUCGCUUUAACCGGGUGACAGAAUUUGGUAUAGGAAUACGUCGUUUUGGAGUAUCUGUACGUGUUAGAAAUACUUCGGAUAAGGAUCAGCAGAUUAGCAAAGAGACUGCUAAGAAUGCGAAGGGAAGUGGUAGUGGUAGUGGUAGCAGUAUUAAGGGCGUUUCUGCUGGGUUUGCGGAAGUUAAAAGGCUUUUUUACCUUGCGCGACAUGAUUGGAAGAUGAUAGUUGUUGCGGUGGCACUCUUGACGGUCUCGUGUACGAUUGGGAUGGCAGUACCGAGAAUUAUUGGGUUAGUGCUAGAUGCGACGAAAAGUGCUAUUACCAAACGCAAUGACGAGGAUGGAGAGAAUAGGACACUCAGUCUAGAUGAUCUUCCGCCCAUUGUUGGGGAUCUACGCUUGUACGACUUUUUCUUAAUAUUCGGAGGAGCAUUGCUUGUUGGAACGAUGGCUAAUUUCGGGAGAGUCGUGCUCUUGAAGAUAUUAGGUGAGCGUUUGGUUGCAAGAUUGAGGUCGAGCGUCAUCAAGAGAACGAUGCACCAUGAUAUGGAGUUUUAUGACAGGAAUAAAGUCGGGGAUUUGCUAUCGCGGUUAGGUGCAGAUGCAUACAUUGUGUCACGGUCUAUGACUCAGAAUAUAUCUGACGGGUUUAAGGCCUUGAUUUGCGGUGGUGCAGGUAUCGGUAUGAUGGUGCACAUCUCUAGUUCUUUGGCUAGUGUUCUCUUCUUGUUUGUUCCCCCUUUACUCAUUGGUGCUACGAUAUAUGGUAAUAAGAUUAGAGCCAUCUCUAGAGAAUUGCAACAGGCUUCUGGUAAUUUGACCAGAGUUGGUGAAGAACAAUUAAGUGGGAUCAAGACCGUUCAAUCUUUUGUAGCAGAGGGGAAAGAGGUUCAUCGCUACAACGAUGCGGUAAGGCAAGUGUUUAAGGUUGGUAAAAAAGAAGCCUUCACGAAUGCCACAUUCUUUAGUGGUACGAAUAUCGUAGGUGACUUUUCCUUUUUACUCGUUUUGGCGUACGGUUCGCAUCUUGUAUUGCAAGGGAAUCUCACUAUUGGUGACUUAACGGCCUUCAUGCUCUACACCGAGUAUACUGGAAGUGCGGUGUUCGGUCUCUCCACUUUCUACUCUGAAUUGAUGAAAGGUGCUGGUGCUGCAACAAGAUUGUUUGAAUUAAUUGAUUAUAAGCCAACUAUAAGGUCUACCUCCGGUGAAACUUUUAAACCUAUCAAUGGGAAAGUGGAGUUCAAGGGCGUAUCUUUCAGUUAUCCAACAAGGAAAACGAAUCAAAUUUUCAAGGAUCUAAACUUCACAAUUGAACCUGGAUCUAAUGUCUGCAUCGUCGGUCCUUCCGGAAGAGGUAAAUCUACAAUUGCUUCAUUGUUGCUCAGAUUCUACGACCCAACUUCAGGGCAAAUUCUAGUGGAUGGUCAAGAUAUAACAAAACUAAGUUCAAAAUCACUUCGUAGACACCUUGGUGUUGUUCAGCAAGAACCUGUACUAAUGUCCGGUACUAUUAGAGAAAAUAUAACCUAUGGUGUGAAUAGAGAAACAACAAUGGAGGAAAUACGGUCAGUAGCGAAAAAGUGCUUUUGCCAUGGAUUCAUCUCAAAGUUCCCUAAUGGGUACGAUACAGUUAUUGGACCGCGUGGUGCUUUACUAAGUGGCGGGCAAAAGCAACGGAUUGCUAUCGCUAGAGCUUUGUUGAAGAAACCUAAAAUUUUGAUCCUAGACGAGGCCACCUCCGCUCUUGAUGUAGAAAGUGAAGGUGCCAUCAAUUAUACCCUUGGAAGACUAAUGAGAAGUAAGGAAAUGACUAUCAUUAGUAUUGCUCAUAGAUUGAGCACUAUCAGAAGGUCCGAGAACGUUAUUGUUUUGGGUCUCGACGGUUCUGUAGUCGAAAUGGGUAAAUUCAAGGAGCUAUAUGCCAAUCAUGAGAGUGCCUUGUAUAAACUAUUAACUGAACCAUCAGAACAACAUCAUGCGCAACAACAUAACCUGAAUUUUGCUGCUGGCACUGAAGCUGCUAAAGCGUCAACCCAAGACGGUCAAAACGUGAAAACAGCAGAUCAAAAUGGUGAUGUAGACGAAGAUCAACGUUCGCAGGAUGAAACUGAUAAAAGAGUUAAAGAAGAAGUCAUUCACCAGGUGUUAGAGGAUAUCAGCCAUGAUCAGAAAUCUUCAACCCUCAGACCAUAA